AUGACACCUGCGAAGGGAAAACAGCGAUGUAAAGAGAUGGCCAAAGUGAUUUUUGGUGUCAAGCUUUACGAUGAUUUCCCAGUGGUCAUUUAUUUCCCUGAGUCGGUAAGCUCUCCAAUGAGAAACCCCCUUCAUUACUCUGUCGAGAAAACAAUGAGCGCGUCGCUGAAGUGAAAAGCAAUUUGAUUUUGCUGCCACACAAUGGAUUUUCUCGGCAGCGAUGCGAUUUUUGAUGCGACAUUCUGUUCAUUAUUUUCCCGACAGACUGAUAUGGCCACGCUUUUAGGUGGAAGAACGCAAACAAAUCUUAUAUCACAUCCGCGAUAUUUUCAAUGGCAGCGAAGAGCCCGGGCCCUACAAUAACUGCGCCGAACUUGUUGAAGAUGUUGCUCCGAUGUACUACAAAAAGAUCAUGUUUGAUUUCAUCAACCAAAACGAGGAUUCCAUACAGACUCUUGAAGAGGAGUUCCUCAGAAUGUACACAGACAUUGUCAGCGCGUUCAACGCCACCUUGUACUCGAUGAAUGCGCCCGAGACGACGGGAUUUCAACGGAUCAAACUGCUGAAUAUAAGUCAUCCGAUUUUUGAGAACGCCGAAUUCGAAAAGUACUUUAAUGUCACGUUUAUUGAGGAGUUUUUGUAUCGAGAUCGGCAUGUGAAUAACAUGAAACGGAUGAUUCAAUGGAACGCCGAUCAUCAGGAGAAAAUGUUUUACUCUCCGAGUUUUGAGGUAAUGAUUGAGGCGUAGAGGUGAUAAAGUUUCAGAAACACACAUCCUUCUUUGGUCUCGAGGCCGGGAAUGAGGAGUAUUUUGGAUUUGGAAUGCAUGCAAUCAGCUAUCCCUUUUAUAACAGGGCUUUCCCACCAGCUUUGACCUAUUCCAAUUUUGCUUUCGCCUUUCGGAAUAAGGCACAUCGUAGGUUUACUUUAAUUCUUGAUACAAAAUACUGCAAGUGCGACGCCCAGAUUUUGAUGGUAGUUAGCACAAAUUUAGACCGAGCUUUGGAGAAACGACAGAGAUUUUUAGAUCGAAAAAUAGUAAAAAAAGCGACAGUUUUUUUGCGAGAAUUAGCAUAACAAAAAAGCUCCACGCGUUUCGCGCAUUCUUUCGGCAGAUUGUUGAAUUUCACAGCCAUCUCUUCAAAGCGCAAGCUAAAAUUUUCAGGAAUUGAUAGACCGUCUAUGCCAAAAGAACGUGAAAAAUUUACAAAAAAUCUAGGCGUUGAACUUGGAGUACUUCGUUUGUCAAAAUCCCCAUCUUUUUUUUUGAGUGAACACCGUUGCCUACAACGCUUUUCAACGUCGCAAUACAAUGUUCUUUCAAGAUUCUUUUGUUGAGAGUCCAUUUAUCAGCAAACUGUCGCAAGAACAGCUGUACUUUUUGAACUUGGCUCAGAAUUUGAUUAUGCUUGGUGGAGACUUUGCCGACAAAAAGUCUGAUGCAUGGGACUACUUCAAGUGCUGGAGGGCAUUUUCGAACGCUUUCCAUUGUGAGCCGGGAAGCGCGUAUCACAAAACAGGAGAUUGUGGAGGUGUUGUACCAAGCAAUAUUCAACCAUUCUACAAUUAUUCCCAUUAUGUUCUUCCUAAUAAUUAGAAUACUUGAAGCAUUUGGAAAGUACUAAGUAAAAUUUUUAUAAUAAAUGUAAUUCUAACCGAGAAAGUGACUAAAGAGAGAGCCACAUCUUCGAUUUAGCUCGCCAAAAUUUUGAUACGAAACCGGAUCUUUUCCUCCGGCAAAGACAUCGGCAAUUGCUUGGGCAAAAUCUUUGUAAUGUUCAGUAUGAACGCCUUUAGAGCCCCCUAACAAGGCGCCACGCAAAAUUUUGACGUAAAAUCCACAUUUGGAAGCUCUGAGAUUGCUCGUUGUGUACAGGCUUUGUUGUGCGUAAAGCAUCCCUGUUUGCUUUAUGCUAUAAACGACGUUUCUAUUACAAAAAGAAAAAGGAAAAAAGACGCGUCUUCCUUUCUAGCCAAUCAACAAUGGCGCGGACCUCCUCUCAAACGCUCUUUCUGCCACACAAGUCUCUCUUCCCUCUCCUUGCGCCACAAAAAUUUAGACGCUCACUUCUUCAAGCGCUGUUCUCUCUAUUCUCCCUACCAAUUUUUUUAGUAUUUCUUAAACAUGCUGGCAGCGUACAUUAUACGUUCUAUAAUAAGGAGUAUUACUAAAGAUCCUUUCAAUGAAAACGGAUUCUCACCAGGAAAAGUGCUCCAUACAGGUCAGAGUUGACCCUCGACAAUGCACGUGAAGCGUACCAUUCUCUUAAUAAACCGGUAAGACUAUUAAUUUGUUACUUAACUGACUAAAAACUUAUUGAUGGAACACGUUUUAGACAAUAGUUGUCAGCGAAUUGUAAAUUUUUUUUUAUUUUGAGUGUAACUUCAGUCAAAAUGAACAGAACUUGAUGAAACCAAGAACGUUUAAGAUGCUAGGAGACAUGCUUUAACUCCGCAUAAUUGCUUUAUGUCGGCCACAGGCGUGGUACCAAUUUUGAAAAAAAUUUGUUUCUUGGAAUUUUUUACAUUUCGAGGUAUAAGACCUCACGAAACCAGCAUACAAAGACUAUAACGGACAGUAGUUUCUUGUUAGCUAUCAUACAAUAGCAUAAAAAUUUUCUGCCCUUUAAACCCGCUAGAUUGACUUUACAUUGUACAUGGUGUACCCCCAAGUGCCCAACUCAUAAAAGAUGAACGAGAAGAUAACGAAACCCGGCUGGCUAUCCUAUGAUUGCUAACAACUGAUUACCACUUAUUUUGGUAUUUGUAUGCUGAUUUAUGAGCGGCGUGACUAUCUAUUAGGUAGAUCAAGAAAUAUUGUCGUUUUCGAGUGGGCAGUUUCCAAAGUCUAUAAAAAAAUCAAACGACAAUAAAAUUUCGCAAUAUUGCACCGUUUUGUAGUCAAGAACUCAAGCUAAAAUAAGGUAAACCAGGCAUUUUUACCAUUUUUUGAACACAACCUUUUGACCUAAAAACAGAAGAAAACAAAGAAUCACCUACUUACCAAAUGUGGAGAGAGCUGGGCUUGCGGGGGCACUGUGAUCUGAAAACAGAAAACAUAAGUUUGUCAAAAGAAACUAAAAAAUGGCAACACGAAGAAUAUGAAAAUUUUGAAACGCGAAACUAUCGGGGGAAGUUGAAAAAGCUCGUUGAAAACUUCUACUAAUACAUACUUCAUGCUAGCCUUUAACACCUUCCUUUUAAAUUAAUAAAUGAUACCUAAAAUCUUGAAGUUCCAAGAAAAUCAAAGUGAUAAAUGCCCGCGAGGAGGAAACAUGGCCGAAAUCCCGCUGAAAAAGAGAUUUGAAGCCGUAAAAAAAGGAAAUGUUUCUUGUGGACAAAAUUUCCUCAGAUCGCCGAAAACGCCCGGUUUUUUUAUUGUUUUUGGUGUUCGUUUCACAACUCUUUAUAAAAAAUAUUAUAUUAUUUUCCUUUCAGACGAACCCAUUCCAAAAAUGCCUUCAUUGUCGAAAGUUAUGGCCUUGAUCGUGGCGGUUAUUAUAUGUAAGUAAACAUCUUUUAUGGGCGUUUCCGCAAUUGUAGAAACCUUUUUAGGCAAUUGUUAUUUAAAACGCGAGGUUCUCCAAGCCAAGGCGAAAAUAAGGAAUGUUCCCGCAGCAGUACCCAAAACGGCUGGGCUCUUGCUAGAAAAUGAAAAAUUUGUUCUUUUUUAUUGUUGGAGAUGGAUCAAACAAGAUGAAGACGAAUGGAGAUCACUGAAAAGGUAUGCUUUUUGUUUUUUUUCUGUUUUACAGCAGUUUGGAAAAGUUUCUUAUGAAAGCUGGUCCAAUAUUUUUUGUGUUUUGAACGAUUUUAGGUACUUUUUGACAUAACGAUGCGUGAAAAUGGGUGUAGUUUCCCAAAAAAACCGUCCAGGAAUUCUGAUGGUUGAGUUUUUGUCGAGUUACAGGCAAAACCUUCACCAAAGUACCUAGUGUAAUAUAAUAUUUUAUACUACAUUUAGAAAUCAUAACCCAUUUUCACGAUUCGUUAUGUCAAAAAGUCCCUAAAAUCGCCCAAAACACAAGAGUAUUGGAUCAGCUCUCGUAAAAAACUUUUCCAACCUGCUAUAAAACAAAAAAAAAAAAACAAAAAGCAUACCUUUUUCAGUGAUCUCCAUUCGUCUUCAUCUUGUUUGACACAUUUCCAACACCAAAAAAAGCAAAUUUUUUUCUAGCAAGAGACCAGUUGUUUUGGGUACCGGAACAUUCCUUAUUCGCGCCUUGGCUUGGAGAACCUCACACUAACAAGGGAAGUCCCCCAAGUGCGACGCUCAGAUUUUGAUGAAACUCGGCACAAAUUUAGAAUAAUUUUUUCUAAGACAUAUGAGAGAAUCCUAGCUCGCGCUUUGCAGAAAAAACCGAAAUGUUUAGAUCGAACGUCGGCGAAAAUGUGAGACGUUUUGCCGAAUUUCGGCACUAAAAGUUUCAUACCUAUUUCUACCGUAAAAAGUAAUGCUUCUAUAAAAAAUCAAUUUUUUCCCCAUGAAACUCGCAAAGUUAUGGCCAAAAAGCGUUUUUCUCUCUGACCGCUCUCCGCGUUAAGCGUACUCUCUUGGCGGCAAAGAUCGUUCGAUAUCUCGGCUGCGCCUGCAAAGCACGGGCUCAAACUUUCAGGAAUUGGUAUCUAGUCUAUGCCCGACACGUCCGCAAAAUUUAAAGAAAAUCUGAGCGUCGCACUUGGGGUACUUCCCCUGUAAGUUUAACCCUUUCCGGACGAGUCGGCACGUACUGGUAAAAAUGAAAGAGGGUACCCUACUGAGUAACGGCAUAAUAGUGGUUCAGCCCAUCGAAGCGUUAUUUGCGACUUACAAUUAGGACAAAAAAUGUCCUAAAACAUACCCCCAUUUAACAUAUCACUUUUAAAAUUUUUGUGACAAGCUGUAGGUCGGAAACUACCCUAAAUUAAAGUCGAGGAGUCUUAGUACUGUUACAUCCAAGAACUGUCCGAAUGGGACCACUAUAGGAUUUGUUAUCGAUUUUUGGAAAUUGAAAUUUUAAUUUUGGUCAAUUUUGGACCUAAAAUCAAGUAUAUCUUCUGUCGACAUCAACCGUUUCGGUCCAAAUGUGGUUUUUCCAAAUCUAUUUUGAUGCUAGCUUCUUCCUAGAGUGUUUCCAGAAAAAACCUAUGAGGCAUAUUUCUGUAAAACGCAAAAAUGUUGAAAAUGUAAAUGUUUCAUCGUAUAAAAUGUCGCUGCAAGCCGAGAAGGGUCGGGCGCAGCUCGAAUCGAGAAAAUAAUAAUUUUUUCUUUGAUAAAUAUUGUUUUAGUGUGAAACCAAAUUAAAAUCCAUGAAAAUUGCCUGAAAACAGAGUAAAAAUAUAAAAAUGACAUUUAGGUAAUGUUUAUGUGCUAUUCCUGUCCGUAUUCGCGUUGAAUCAUCUUGUUGACAUUAAAAAGUCAACCGAUCUACAGCUUGUCACAAAAAUUUUAAAAGUGAUAUGUCAAAUGGGGGUAUGUUUUAGGACAUUUUUUGUCCUAAGUCCCAAAUAACGCUUCGAUGGGCUGAACCACUAUUAUGCCGUUACUCAGUAGGGUACGCUCUUUCAUUUUUACCUGAACGUGCCGACUCGUCCGGAAAGGGUUAAAAAACGCAUAAAACAAGCUCGUCAAUUUUUUUUCGUUCCGAGCUGCGCCCUAGGAUAUGCCAAUUGGGGUAUUUGUAUACGAUAAGACGUUUUUAUUGUCCUUACUUUCAGAUGUCGCUUUGCUCAUAAAAGAUGAAGAAGAAGUGCAGGAGUUAAUAAGAGUAACGUUCCGCAUAUUAGCGAAGGAAUUAACGAAUCGAUUAAAGAAGAGAUACGAACUGAUGUAA